CAGUUUACCGUUUGAGAAAUAAAAACUCGCACUGCAAUUCGUUGCUCCGCAUUAAAACUGUGAAAAUAUAAUAAUUUGUGUAUUUUUAUUGAUUUUAUUGCGUAGAAAGUGCUUGGCGAAUAUCAAAAAUUCUAUUUUUGUGAAGAUAACUGCUUAGUUGCUGCAUUGAAGUACUGCAUAGUUUUUUUAUACAUGAAUUCGUACAUAUGCACUAUUCAGUUGUCUCAUAUGUAAGCCCUCCUCCAAGCUUGCAAAAUAUUUUAGUAAAGACAGGAUGGAAAUGUAAUAUUAAUUAUAAUAAAAAAUUAAAUAAAUAGCUGAUAUUAAAUAUAAAUAUGUGUUUACGGUAAAAAAUCUAUAAUAGUGCCAAAUAAAUGUGGAUCAAUAUUAAAAAAAAGUAUAACCAAAAAGUGAUAUGUUAAUAAAAAUACCAAAAAUAUAGAUUUUUUAUUUGCCUAAUAUUAAUAUAAUAUAAUGAAAAUAUUUAUUCACAAAAAAAAAAAUUAUUGAAUAUUAAAAAAAAAAUUAAAAAAAAAGUGAUAUGUUACUAAAAAUAGCGGUAAUAUAGCUUUUUUGUAAUGUAAUGAAAACUAUGAAUUCACAUCAAUUUGUGCCUUAAUAGUUUGAUUUCGCAUCUAGCUAUACAGAGGAUAAUAAUUUCGCGAUUUUACAGACGUGGCAAACUUAAUAUAUAUUAAACAAAUAUGUUUUAAAUACUCGCGUAUUGUUACAACAUUAUAAAUAUUAGUUAUAAAAUUAACAAAACAAAAAAAUGUGAACGUACAUCUUAGAUUCUAAUGUCAACAAAAAACUUAUAUUGUUUUGAAAUUUUGAAAAUGCACACAUCUAAAAUUCUUUGUUGAUCACAAAAAAAAACCAAAAAAAAAAAAAUUUGCAAUGACUUGCACAGAAAUUAUACGUAAACUUAAGUGUAAAACUCCGCCUUGCCCCUGCCAGAAAUGCGCCAAGCUACGUAGUGAGAACGGAAAUGGAAACGUCAAUGCUGAAAAUAAUCUGCGAGAUACGCCGCCAGAGCGGCCAAUACCAAAAUAUCAGUUUCAAUGUAAAUGCCUUUGUGAUACGGAAGUGCCCUAUAAACGCAAAUGUCCACCGUCUCCGCCGCAGCGUAAGCAAACGGUUAAAUCCAAUGAAAAGUGUGUAGAAGAUGAUUGUAAUACAGGGAAAGGUUGUUGUAAUACGGGACGCAACUUUUUGUCCUUUAUGAUAAGCAUAAUUGGCUUUAUAGCGUUUUUAAUAAUAGCCGCCGUCGUGUUUUGGCUUUUGGUAUUGAAAUGUGCAAUUAUCUUGUCCAUCAAAGUAUAUAAAUCGAAUAGAACUACGCAAGUCACAGUUGUGAGCAUAAUUGGUGUAUUGUUUCUGCUAAUACUUUGUACGGCUGCGAUGACAUGUUUUCAAAGAUAUUCGGCUAGAUGUUCGACCAGCAAACUCGCAGCGCAACCUGUCACUAAAAUAAAGUCGGAAACCACUGGCAGUUGGUAUACAUUUAAAAAGAGUCAACGGAAAGAAAUUGCGCCGCCACCCAAAGUGACUAAGACCCGUUACUCUUGGACGCUUCGUUCCGCUACGCCGAGCACAGCGAAAGAAGUAACUUCCACAGUGAGCAAAGUUGAAACACGUUCUUCGUGGUUACCUUUUGGUAGAGGACGUCAGCUAACAAUGAAGGAAAUCAAAACAGAGUCUAAUGAACCACGUUCGUCGUGGGUAAAAACAUAUAUUUGGCGAGAGACAACAACGAAAGAUAUUGUUACUCCUAUUAAGAAGCCUGAAGCAUCUUCUUCCUGGUUACCAUCAUUUAGAUGGAGUUCGGCUUCAUCUAAACAAAUAGAACAACAAACUAAAACAACGGAGACACGCACCUCGUGGAUGCCUUCGCGAUGGUGGGGCCAGUCUCCGUCAAAAGGAACUGAUUCUCAAAUGAAAAAGUCUGAAACGCCCACUUCUUGGGGAUCUACAUUUAGAUGGAGUGCAAAACAAACUGAAAAACCACCUAAAAAGAUUGAGAGCCGUUCCUCUUGGAUGCCUACUAGUUGGUGGGGUCAGACGCCAACAAAAGAAAUUGAUUAUCAACUGAAGAAGUCUGAUACCCCUACUUCUUGGAUGUCUACAUUUAAAUGGAGUCAAAAACAGCCUGAGCUACCACCUAAAAAGAUUGAGAGACGUUCCUCCUGGAUGCCUUCUAAUUGGUGGAGCCAGCCGCCAACAAAAGAAAUUGAUUAUCAACUGAAGAAGUCUGAUACCCCUACUACUUGGAUGUCUACUUUUAAAUGGAGUACAACUUCAUCGAAACAAAUUGAGACUCCACCCAAAAAGACAGAGGCACGUACAUCCUGGAUGCCAUUUCAAUGGUAUAGUUCGACUAUACCCAAAGUAAUUAAACGAAACGAAACGUCUGUGACGCGUUACACUUGGUUACCAUCCUUUAAGUGGAGACAGUCACCAAGCAAAAUUGAAACUACAACUACAAAAACUGAAGUGCGCUCUUCAUGGUUACCUUCUUUUAAUAUGCGCUCUAUAUGGACAACUUACUUUACUAAAUCAACAAUAACAAAAGAAAUUCAAACUCCACCACCAACAACUAAAGCACGUUUCUCCUGGAUGCCUUCUUUUUGGUGGAGUCACAAACCUGCAAAAGAUAUUGAAAUUGAAUUGACACAAAGAGAGCAUGAGUCACGUUCAUCUUGGUUACCCUACUUUAAUUGGCGACGGACGACGACAACCAAACGGACAACAACAAAUAAGAACUCGAAAAAGACUACUACGACUUCUUACUGGUGGCCCAGCUUUACUUGGGGUCAGUCAGCGAUCACAACAACAAAUAACAGACUGUCCGGUGGAAUGCAACAACAGAAGGUUACUGUCACCAUAACUGACGAUGAGGCACGCCAAAUAUUUAAGCGGUCCAAGUUGUACGCGAUACCAACAGAAAUGAAACAGCCGCCAACUUUGAUUAUCUAUUUACGAGAUUUUAUUCGAGGAAAUUCGGACUAAAGAUUUACCAUAAAAUGGUAAUUGUAAUAGUUCAAAAGUUAAGUUGAAAAAAAUGUGUGCAAACAGAAAAA